AUGUCACUUCCCAACGGCCAGGCAGCCUGGCCGCCGCCUGGGCUGCAUCACUCCGCCAGCAGCAGGAAUUUGCAGAUUCUUGAUGAUGGUUUGGCGCGUGUAACGACCCCAGUCGACAGUUCGCUGGUGUUGAUGCCUGAGGCAACCCUUGAUAUCGAAGACGAAAGACGACGCGCCCAUUUCGCAGACUUGUUCCAAAAAUCGGAAGAAAAGAUUGCUCUUCUCUUUGCCGAUGAUGGUUCUCAUAAUUUGAACGCGAUCGAGGCUCUCCGACGAUACCCCCCCACCCCUACUAUUACCCUCCCCCCAACCACCGACCACGAACCUAUCAAAGAACCGCCACUGAAGAAGGCGAAACGCACAAUAAACGAAGAUGAUUAUGAUGAUGACGAAGAAGAUGAAGAUGACGAAGAUACUUCGUCCGCCGUACCCAAGCCUCAGAGCGCGGCCGCUGCCUCGAAUGCGCUGUUAUCGCCGAAAUCGGGCAAUUCUCCGGUGCUCUCGGCCACUUCCCCUGGCAGAAUAGCAGAUAAAGCGAGAUCUCAGGAUGGCUCACAGACCAAAAGCAAGCCUGGAGAUGAUGAUCCGAUUAAGCAGCUCGACGACGUGAGGAUAGCAACAGAGGCCGCCGCCCGACGGAGCUUCCACACCAUCAUAUAUACUUUGGAGAAUGACCGAACAGCAAUGCUUGAGCAGCAGCAGCUGGAGGAUUCAGAGAAGCAGCUCCAAGCUGAGAUGGAGAACAACAACAAUGCAAAUGUGACGGGGUCGCAGGCUGCGAAUCAGGGUUCUCUCAGUAGCGCGAAUCUCGGAGCAUCAAGUCUUACGCUCAAACACCUCAUUGCCAGGAUAGACAUGAAGAGAGAUCAAGUCAAGGCUUCAGAUGCUGAGUUAAGGCUUCUUAUGAACGAAGUCCGAAAGAAUCGCAGCAAAUGGGCAAGCGAGGACAAUGUCAACCAAGAAGAGCUGUACGAAGCUUUGGAAAAGGUGUUGACGGAGCUCAAGGCGCAUACAGAGUACUCAACGCCAUUUCUUACUCGUGUCAACAAGAGAGAUGCCCCCGACUACUAUAACUUCAUCAAGAAUCCCAUGGAUCUAGGCACAAUGACUAAGAAGUUGAAAUCACUCUCAUACAAGUCAAAGACAGAAUUUGUGGUUGAUCUCAAUCUGAUCUGGGAUAACUGUCUCAAGUACAACCAGGACAUGAACCAUCCUCUUCGCCGAAUGGCCAACGGGAUGCGGAAAGAGGCCGAAAAGCUGAUUCCUCUCAUACCGGAUCUUACCAUUCGAUCUCGCGCUGAAGUUGAAGCUGAGGAACGGCGAAAGCAAAACGGAGGCGAGGAUGAUGGUGGCGAAGAUUCCGAUGAUGAGCCUAUCAUGUCUUCUCGUGGCCGUAAAGCAACUACCAAGGGAGCCAAUAAAUCGAGGAAAGCUCCCAACGACCCAAAAGAAGAUACCCCUGUGGUUGACCAGAAGCCUAUUCUGCAAGUAAAUGGAUUGCUGGGUAAACUAGGUCGCGAAGGCUCGGAAAUAGAUGGAAGCAAUGGCUUUGCUACACCUCCUAUUGCUGGCUCUUUUACUCCCGGCGCAGCAAACGGCCCAUCCGGAAUCACGAGCAACGCCGACGCCAUGGAUAUUGACGGUCCUAGCAUCAAUGGAAUGAGCCUGAACCAAGCGUUUGGCCAGGCUGCUGAACAAGCUUUUGAAGAUGAAGAGUAUAAAAUCUGGAAGCAAAGCACAAAGAAAGAUCGAGCUCUAACCGCCAAGGAACGCUUCCUACUUUUCAAGGAUAACAAGCUCAGUACGGACUCACCCGCUCUGCUCAGAAGCAAAGCCGGCAUGCGAAGGUUUUUGACUCGUCAAAAAGAGGCAGAGCUGUCCAAUAGCACUGAGUUUGAUGACUCUGCGAAAAAAGCCAAAGACGUUCCAAACAAAGGGCCUGAGACGCUAGCUGAGGGUAUUGAAGAGGAAAAGGAACAAGUAAUACCCGACUACUACAUACCUUUGAGCAGCAUCCCAGAUAUUCCAUCAAAGUUGCAAUGGAUGGAAGAUGGCGAAGGUCAGGUUAUCAACCAGCAUGAAGACUUCCUUCGGCUUGUACCGCCCAACUCAUUUGUUUCACCUCAGAGUAAAUUCACCAAAAAGAUGGACGAAAAUAUCCAUCAGAUACAAGAAACAAGGAAGCUGGCAACAAAAAUAUCCGUCAUCAAACAGAUGCAGGUUCAGUCUCAGGUCUAUACGAACCAAUUUCCAAAGUCAAAUUCGGAACCAUUCAGAGAAUUGGAUAUUGAGCCGCAUUUUAUUGCGGACGAUGGCCCGGUCAUGGCGCCUGAAACCUGCCAGAAUGCUCUGAAGCGUUCUAUCGCGAAAAUUCUCUAUACCACUGGAUUUGAGGAGUUACAGCCUUCCGCCGUAGAUGCUUUUACGGGAAUCGCAGCCGAUUAUUUCCAAAAGCUUGUCCGGACAUUCAAUAUCUAUCGCGAAGCUGAAAAGAAAACGGUCCAGAUUGGCGGCGAAACAUUGGUACAGCCCCGUUUUACGAAUGAGGAAAUGAUCCUUCACACUCUUGACGAAAAUGGGCAUGAUAUUGCAUCUCUGGAGAGCUAUACUAAGGACGAGGUCGACAGGUUGACCACUAAGUUGAGCGCUUUGCAUGAUAGGAUGAAGGUUCAUUUAGCAGACCUUCUCCGCCCGGCCCUUGCAGCAGAAGCUGGCGAAGAUGGUGCUGGUGCUUUCAAUGACGGUAGCGAUCAGUUUACCAGCGGAGAUUUUGCCGAGGAUCUUGGGGAAGAUUUCUUUGGCUUCCGCGCUCUCGGAUUGGACAAGGAAAUGGGCCUUGACUUUGUGUCGGUACCGUUUCACUUGCUGCAGAGCAGAGUGCGUAACCAGUACCAGAUGCAAUCUCAGACCUCUGGUGGGUCCAGCAGUGAAAUCUUUGAAACAUUGCCCAUUUCCGAGCCUGUUACGAAAGAGAAUAUUCAACACCAAGUCGGGCUUAUCAAGAAUUUCUUUCUGGCCAAGCUCCACGCUAACGGCGAUCAACCUUUGGUCGAAGAUGAGGAUUUGCCUACCAAGCAACGCAAACCACGCCCUCGUCUUGGCGCAAGCGGCAAGAUUAUUUCCGCCCAGAAGCGGCCACCCAAGGAACAGUUGGCGCUUGCCAAGAAGAAGAAGAAACUGGAGGCUGCAGCAGCUGAGGCUCGACUGAAUGCAUCUCCCGUGAAAGGCGGAGCUGUCAAUGCAACUCCCGUGAAGAAAACGCCUACGCCCAUGCCGAAUGGUGCCGUUGCCAACCCAGCGCUCUUGGCUCUGGCACCAAGUAUGGAGCGUACGGACAGUAUGCAAAGCCAGGGCGGCAUGAGCCAAACUGACAAAGACGACACCACUGGCAUGAUGAGCCCUGAGAGUAUUGCGCAGUAG